GGUAAGAUCACCUUACCUAGUCGGCAGAGAGGGCUUAAGUUGGUUUGCUGUGCCUUCUGUCUCUUUCCCUUCUUUCUGAUAAUGCUUAAGCUCUUAAUCAUCAGAUCAAUAACAACAGAUCUGGAGUAGAUUAAGGCACCUUGCUUGGGAUUACUGAGUUUUAACUCCACUUGGUUCUGUCUGGCUGGCUUUAUCUCAGUGAAAUUUUAAGACAAUGCACCCUCGAGGUUACAUUGCUGAAAUUACAAGCUUAUCUCCAAAAGCUACAGAGAAGGAUGUUUGUAACUUUUUUGCUUACUGCAGUGCAAUUGAGCAUGUUGAAAUUAUCAGAUGUGGGGAAUAUGCAUGUACAGCUUAUGUGACAUUUAAAGAUGCUUAUUCACUGGAAACUGCCGUCUUACUCAGUGGAGCUACAAUUGUUGAUCAGUCUGUGUGCAUAUCGAGGUGGGGUUCAUACAUAGAUGAUGGAUAUCCUUGGGAUGGUUCUUCAUGGAAGACUGAAGAGGAUACUAGCUCAACGCAGGUCACUCAUAUGGACCAAUUUGUUUCUACUCCUGGAGAAGCCGUGACUAUUGUCAAAACAAUGCUAGCCAAGGGAUUUGUUUUGGGCAAAGAUGCUCUUAUCAAGGCCAAAGAACUUGAUGAUUCCUAUCGGGUCUCAGCUACUGCAGCAGCCAAGGUUGCUGAGCUUAGCAAUAGAAUUGGCUUAACUGAUAAGAUCAACACUAGCAUGGAAACUGUGAAAUCAGUAGAUGAGAAGUUUCAUGUUUCAGACAUCACCAAAUCUGUUGCAUUAGUUACUGGGACUGCAGCUGUAAUGGCAGCAACUUUUGCUGGGAGAACUGCUGUAGCAGCUGCCAAUGCUGCAGUCAAUAGCAGCUAUUUUGCCAAGGGAGCGCUUUGGGUUUCUGGCAAGUUAAGCCGUGCAGCUCAAGCAGCAGCUGAUCUGGGAAGCCAUGGUAACAAACAAACAGAAACUUAAGUUUCAAAUAACACCCUGUCAGUAGUCUCUCUUCCCAUCCUUUGUUCUUGCAUAAAAUAAUAGUCUUUCUGUUUCAUACCAGUCUAGUACACACAACUGUACAAUGACUUAGAAUCUAGUCCUGCCCCGAUUUUAGCAUGUUAGAUGUGUAAAUGUAGUAUUUGUAAGCAAAGAUUUUGAAUUUUUGUAUCUUUCAAUUUGAUGCAUGAUUUCUUGCUUUAA